AUGUAUAAGAAAUGUUUCAUUUUAUAUCCUAUCUUUUUUCCCUCCUUAUAUAUUUAUAUUAUUAAGAAUGAUCAUUUGAACUCAGAACAAAGUUCAUUCUCAAGAAUAAUAGCAGAAUACUGUGAUACAAAAAAAAAUGAAUUUUUUUUGGGGGAAUCUAUUUUAGGUGCUACAUCCUCAAGAAGCACUUCUCUUAACAUAGAACAGAAUAAAAACACAAAUAUUAUUAAAGAUAAGAAUGAACAAAGUUAUGAUGAACAUAUUGUAAUGAAUCCAAAUACCAAUCGAGCUCUUUCCAUAAAUACUGUAUUCAAUUACAAUAAAGAAAAUAAGGAAAAAAAAAUUUUUUCCUUCUCCGAAUUUCCAAAGGAAUUUAAUAUACUUGAUGUUGUUUGGCCAUACAUGAAACAACCUAAAGAACUUUUUAAAAAAUCAUCUGUAAUCACUUUUUUAAUGGACCAUUAUUUUAGACAUGAACUAUAUAUUUUAGAAAGUAGAAUUGCAAUGAAACCAAGAAGGAGAACAUAUGAAGCUCCAUGUUUUGAACAUGAUGAUUUUGAAUUAGAAAGAGAUUUUUUUUUUUUAGAAGACUGUGAUGAAGAUCAUCAAUUUUUUAAUAAAUACAAAAGUUAUUUUUUUUCGUUGAAUGUACUAGAUCAUUGUAAAAGUUUAAGGACUAAGAAGCAGAAAUGUAAUAAUAUGAAGGAUGAUGAGGUGAGCAAUAUUAACGAUGAUGAAGUGAGCAAUAUUAACGAUGAUGAAGUGAGCAAUAUUAACGAUGAUGAAGUGAGCAAUAUAAAAGAUGAUGUGGUGAGAAAUAUUAACGAUGAUGUGGUGAGAAAUAUUAACGAUGAUGAGGUGCACCAUACAAAUGAUGAUAAGGUGAACCAUACAAAUGAUGAUAAGGUGAACCAUACGAAUGAUGAUAAGGUGAACCAUACGAAUGAUGAUAAGGUGAACCAUACAAAUGAUGAUAAGGUGAACCAUACAAAUGACGAUAAUGUGAACCAUACAAAUGAUGAUAAGGUGAACCAUACAAAUGACGAUAAGGUGAACCAUACAAAUGACGAUAAGGUGAACCAUACAAAUGACGAUAAGGUGAACCAUACAAAUAAUUAUUAUAAUGAUAAAAAGAAUAAUGCAGGUGAUAUAAAAACUAAUAAUAGUAUACGUGAGGAAAAAAAACUAGAGCACCCGGACAGGAACAUUGAAAAGAAGAUCGAUUUAAUUACAUAUAAUAAAAAAAGGAUAGAAGAAUAUUAUGACAGUAUAAUUUCAUAUUUUUUCGGAUUAAUAAUAUUAUAUCAUAAUAAAAAAGAGACGAAUCUAAAUUAUUACACAAAAUUUUUAACAUUAGAUAAAUAUAAGAAUAUGUAUAAUUGUUUAAAUAAUGAUAUAUCUAAAAUAUAUGAAAAAGCAAUAUUAUUUUCACAUGAAGAGUUUUGUAUAAUACAGAAAAAAGAUUUAAAACCUCAUGGUUUGAGAGGUAAUAUAAAAUAUUAUUAUUUUUUUAAUCGUAUUGUUAGCACAUCUUUAUAUUUGUUACAUGAAAUAUUACAAAAAUUAGAUGGAAAGAUGUAUACCUUUCAGAAAUUACCAUUAAAGAUACAGAAUCAUUUAAUUAAUCUUCCGGAUAUAAGAAUCAAGGAAAUUAAAAAACGUAUGAGACAACAGAAAAAAAAGAAUCAAAAUUCUCUUUUAGAAAGUAGUAGUUAUAAAGAUUUAUAUUAUGUAUCUAGUGAAUAUUAUGAUUAUGUUAGUAAGUGUUUAAUAUGGUCUAAUUAUUAUUUUUUUAAUUAUAUGUCUACCACUAUAGUAUAUAGUGUUAAAAAAAGAAGCUAUGAAUAUAUACAAAAAGAAAAAUCCAAAAUAAAUUUAUUUUUAGAAUAUGCACAUAAUGAUAUUAUAGAAUAUAUAAAAGACAUAACAUAUUAUUUUAAAUUAAUUGUUAAUAAAAUAGAAUCAAAACGCUUAUUCUCUGAACCCGUAAUGUUAUGCUUUCAACUGUUUUCUGAUCAUUAUUUAUAUUUACUCAAAAAUAUAUUAUCUAUACUUUUAAUACAUAUAGAAAAACCAGUUACAAGAAAAUCAAACAGAGAUCUAAAAAAAAUAUUUAAUUGUAUAAAAGAUCAAGAAAAUAUAACCAAAAAUAUUUUAGAUGAAUUCCAUUCCAAAAAUAAAAUUAGAUAUAAUCCAACCGAAUUCCUCAUAUAUAAAUUUUUUUCAAGUAUACAAUAUAAACAAAAUAUAGCACAUAAAUAUAUAAUACAAAGUAAUAUUAAUAUUAUAUCCUUGAUGUUGAAAAUUUUUAAUUAUUUUCAUAUACUUGUUAUCUCAUUAAUCUUUUAUCUAAACCUUCAUUCUAUGUAUACUCUAUUUAUUGAUUUAGAUAUUGAUGAUACUUUAAAGUUUCAGCAUGAUCAAGAGUUCUUAAAUUAUUUUAAAAGAUAUCAGGAUUUUAAUAAUCAACUCUUUGAUUCCUUCCGUUCCGACGACAGAUGA